UUUAAUAAAACGGAAGCGUAAAAUCUACAUCUACGCAUGUGCAGUAGCUAACAAAUGGCGUACAUAGUUUCCAAAAUUUGACAGGUGUGAGGCACUUUGCAACUUAUUCAUAAUACAGAGUCUGAAAGCAAUUGCAAAGCUAACUUAACCCAUUUGAUCAUUUAAGGUGAAGCAGCCAUGUCAUCAUCAAGACGAUCAAGCAGACAAAGUGACACUGGUAGUGAGAUAUUUCUGGAGUGUAAGGCUGCAUUUUUGUCCAUCUAUGAUGACAUUAAUGAUAAAAUAGAGUCAAAGAAAAGGCUAAAUAAUGUAUUACAACAGUCCGGAAGAAAUCCAACUAAGGCAGCUCUUAACAAGUACUGGACAAAAGACACAGAGGAGUUGUCAUUCAAUGAUUUUGUGGACAUUUGUCGUAAAGAACCCGUGACUACAGCAGAUGAUUUGAUGAAAGCUUUUAGAAAAAUUGACAUCAACGGAGAUGGCUACAUAUCACUAGAUGAACUCUAUAAAAUCAUGAAUGCUCAAGGGGAGAGUAUGUCAAGAGAUGAUGUGAAGAAAAUGAUUGAUGAGGUAGAUGAGAAUAAAGAUGGAAGACUUGACUAUGGGGAGAUAUAUCCCUCUAAAAGACCAGUGAUUUGGAGAGAUAAGAUAUUUUAUGAUCAGUUUACCAACAUGAUAAUGAAGACAACGGAAGAUUCAAAGAAGUUUUCUAUGAAAGUUAUGGAAAAGAAAGAAAGGAAAAAGAGAAGGGCUGAAAAAUCGCAUAAUUCAGCAUCACAACUGGAAAGUUUAAACACCCAAACUAAAUCAACACUUGAAAAUGAAGAAUGUUUAAACCCUGAAAAUAAUGAAACAAAAAUUGAUGAUAAUAUUGAAAAUGAGUCCAAUGAAUUAAAGCAGGUUGUAGAUCAGUCUGAAACUGGGUUAAAAGGUCAAGAGUCUGAGAGUAAAGGCAAAAGUAGCUUUGGGUCAGUAACAUCUUUAAGGUCAAGGAAAGGGGAAAGUUUAACUGGGUCUGUUUCCUCUUUGAGAUCUGAAUCUAAGAAAAAUAUAUCAGGAUCUCAAAUCUCAGUUAGAACAUUACAAGAGGAAACAAGUGGGUCAAAGGUUGCUUUGAGGUCAGAUAAUGACCUUGGGUCAAAAGUUUCAUUAAGUUCUAGAAAAAGCAACAGAGGUUCACAAAUCUCAUUAAAACAAGCUGCUGAAGGGUCAAAAGUUUCCGUUGGGUCUGUCAAAAAGGAAGUUAUUGGUUCAAAAACAUCUUUAAUGUCAUUUAAAGAAGAGGAAAAGACUGCAAAGGAAAGAGAGGCUGACAGGAGUAAAAUUGAACAUGAUACAACAUCACUAAAGUCACAUGACCUAGAUCAUGACACACCAGAAUCACCAAAGAAAGAUAGCCCUAAAGCUUCACCAAGAUCCAGAUCUGACUCUUUACCUAAAAGUGGUGUAAAGAAGGCAACCCCUAGAGAACAAACAAUGAAAGAUUCUGGUGCAAAAGAAACACCGAGACGAGAACUGAGUGCGCGGCAUGAUAAGCCACCUUUACCGGACUCACCUAAAACAAAGGACUCUAGUACUGAUAAGGCAAAAGCAAGCAAGCAUGAAAAGUUGGAGACACCUAAAACUGGCGCUGAGAAGAAUCAUAUAUCAUUCAAGUUAAACUUACCAUUAGAUUCAGCUCGUUCAGUCGGUGAGGAAAUUGACUUCGAUGAUGAUUUUGAUAUUGUAAGCACAGGAAGGCCAACACCAAGGAUAGACCUUAAUGCUACUGCAGCUAAAUCUCCUAAGAAAGAAAGCAAGGAAGAAGCAAAACUUAAAGAUGAAGAAAAACCAAAGUCUGAUGACAAGAAAGAGAAAGAUGUCAAGGAAUCUGCGAGAGAUGUAAAAGAUGAGAAUGGUUUAGGCUCUCAGGCAUCCAUUAGAUCAGGUGACAAAGAAAUCAGUGCACCAGUCCCAUCUCCGAGAAAAUCUGUGUCCCGCUUGUCCGAAGAUGAUGUACCAAGACCAUCACCAAGGGUUAAAGGAAGUAAAGGAAAGUCACCUUCCACAAAGAGUCGUGACAAAAUGCCAGAUCCAAAAUCUUUACAAGAUUGGAUGCAUUAUACAAGUAAAGGAUGUUUUUUCUAUGAGGAGGAAGAGAUAGUAAGUCAUAUUUACAGUUUGAAGCUGACCGAGGACAGUAGUGUGUACCUCUCUGCACAUCCUAUACAAGAACCUGCCUGCUUGGAUUUGCCUGGAACAGAGCCAAUAGAUACUGCACUCUAUAUAUUUGACAGCAGGGGUAAAUUUGUGACUUGUACAGAAAACAGGGAUACAAAAGGGACAUAUGGUGUAAAGUGUGAGCUCAGUGUUGGGGAGUAUCAGGUGUUACCUUAUACCACAGGAUGCAGGUUCAAGCCAAGAUCUGAGGCCUUACAAGAGAAAAUGAAAGAAUCAAAAUUGGUCAAAACCAAAGAUGAUAAAGUUGUUAUUACUGCUGCUUUUAGGAGAGCUCUUGAAGAGAUAUUUGACCUUUGUGACCUUGAUGAUAAUGGAACUAUGAGUAAAGAUGAAUUUAAUUGGUUCAAUUUACGCACAAGUGGAGAGGAACUAGGAGAGGAUGAAUGGGAAGUUGUUGAAGAGAAGACAGCUUUGGAGAAUGGUGAGAUAACAAAACAAGGGUUUAUAGAGUUAAAUGAGAUGGAAGCAGAAGAUUCACAGGGUGAUGUUGAAGAUCUCUGGAUUACACUUACCAGUAUGGGCAUGAACAAAGCUCUUAUCAUGGAUGAGGCAUGUCCAUAUAGAAUUGAUGUAUAUGUAGAGGAGUCAGGGAGAAAGAAACCUAGUUUUAAAGUGACAGGAAUUGAGUCACUGGACAAGAGGGAAUUUGUCUCAGAAAUUUGCCAGUAUAUUAUUGAAAGAGCUGAGGAGCCAACAAAGAUACGCAAUAUGAAAGAUCUGUACAUGUACACAGAUAAGACUGAUCUGAAGGCCACCAUUGUUAUAGAUAACAAAUCUAGAAGUAAUGUAAGUUUACAAGUGAACUGCAGUAGAAGUAAAAAUGUUGUCAGUAAUAGACCCAGUCUAGAUCAUACUGUAGAACUCGAGCCACAAAGUAUGGCGAUUGCCCACCAUCUGUUGCCAAAGAACGAACUCAGUGAUUGGUCUGUUGCUUGUACAGAAAAUAUCCUAAAAUGAUUUAACUAACCUUGCAUACUUCCAUAACAUAAACCAGUGUAGAUAUAUACAUAAAAACACAGGGAAAACAAAAAAAAAAGUCACAGGAAACAGAAAAUGACAGUCAGGAAUUCUGAUAAAAGCCAUGACAGAAUAGAAUAUAUGUAUAGUGGCACAAGAGAUUUUCAUUGUGUGUAUCUGUAACCUUUUUUUACCAUUUAUUUUAUUUACCAACAUCUGUACUGUAAUUUAAAAAGUGAAAAUAUUGAAAUUACUAUGAUAUUCCACAACAUGUAAAUACAAAGGUGUCAUUAAUAUAUGACAAAAUAUUCCUGUAUAAGGUUGUUGUUAAAUAAGAUUCAGAUAUUAUUGUAAUUCUUGAGUUUAUUUAAAUAUGUUUCACCUGUAGUGAAGAGACUUCACUGAGGUUUCUUUGACAUAACAAAUCUGGAAAUAAUAUUUCAGAAUUUUUAUAAUACACCAUUUGAUGUAGGCCUAUACCAAAACACCCUGUCUGCUACAAAAUAUUACAAAUUUAACUUGCCAACAUCUCAUAGACUGGUUUUAAAUGAUAAAGAUUUUAAGGUUUUAUAAUGAUACUAUGUGGCAGUAUUUCCAUAAACCUUUCUGCAUUUCUAGCUUGUAUCUCUAUUUUUGACUAGGACUGCACAAUUUUGACUGUAAAAAAUAUACAUAUAGCACAGAAUUUAGAGUGGUAGCAAUCAAUAUAGACCUAUAUAGAAUAUAAAUAGAUAUCUGUACAUGUACUAGAUUUUCUCAUUAUCAACAAGCUGUUACUAUGACAAUAUGUGCUGAAAUUUUUUUUACCCAAUUGAACUGUGUGUGGGUUUCUUAUACCUUUUCAGAUAAUUGUGUUAUUCUAUGAAUGUUCGGUUGUUUCACUCUUGCAAGAAUGAUUCAUGUGGGAGAGCAUAUAUAUACAAUAUAUAAAUUGUUCUAGUUUUUGGACAAUUGAUAUUUGUAAAUGUGUUCUGGUAUGUACCUCAAUUCCCUUUUGGGUCAUAUGUGGCCAAGUGCUUAAGGUUGUUGACUUCAAACCACUUGUCCUUCACCGUUUUGGGUUUGAAUCCCGACAGGGACUUUGGGUUCUUUGAUGUAAGGAAGCUAAUCAGUUAGCUUACGGAAUGACGGUGGUUCUACUCGGGGUGUCCAUUGGUGUCUGACGUAAAAUCCAACCAAACAAAUGAAAAAUCCUGUUUGACAACUAGGUACAUAUUGUGAUAUUGAAAUAAGAUGGAAUUACUCUCAUACUAAGUUAAAAAUAAUUAUUUGUAUGAAAAUUCAUUUAAGUUCAUAUUAGCUGAAAGCUUUCAUUACAAUCAAGCUUUGAUAAAUGUGUUUAAACUAAAGUAAUUGAAAAAUACUUUAUACUUUUGUAUUGUAAUAAUACUUGAGUGUUUUAGUGUUGACUUUCAGAUAAAUGUUAAGCCAUGUUUUUUUUAAAUAAUGCCUUUAUAUUGGCCUUUCAAUGAACAGAAUUUAGAUAGCCUUAUAUUGCACUAAAUCUUUUGAUGUGGCUUUUACAUGCAUAAAAUACAUUAUAUAAUUGGAUGAGGUGAUGGCAAGAUAAGAAAUUAUAUUGAGGAGGAUUCAUGUAGAUGUAUAAAAUUGUUUUAUCAUUUAAUAAAGAUGGUUAUUAAUCUUGUUGUGUAUCUAUUCUAUGAGUCUGUGAUAUUUUGUUUUGUCUUGUACAUUGAUCAUGUUUCUAAUUUAUUGCAUAUUUCAUAUUUAUCACAUACCUGUGCCACUUUUAUGACUCAUGCAACUUUUGUGACUCUAAAAAAAUGGUAUUGCAAGGCCAUGCAUAAUAUUUUGAUGUGACAUCAUUUGUGUUGUGCAAACUUUAGUGUAAGACAUCUUAAAUAUUUGCCUUAAACAAUGAGCAUAUUAAUGAAAAAAUGAUUAUGAAUUGUUCUCAUUUUGGAUAUGUGAUUAUAUUUUGUGUAGUUUGAUAUGUGAUAAAUAGAAUGUUAUAUUUUGUGUAGUCUCAUUACAAAAUUAAUUGAGCUAGUUGAGAAAAAAAUAUGUUUGCCAGUGACUCUCAUAGUUUAAUUUUAUUCAACUCAUUUAAUAAAUAAUGAAUUCAGUAUUGAACCUACACUCAUUCAUUUCAAUCUUUAUACUAAAAAAUUGUAGACUCCACAACAAGUUAAUGUAAAGUUGUAUAGAUCUGACACUAUAAUUAGUCUGAAAAUAUAUAAACAGUCAGUUGAUUCAAAAUUUAGUUACAAUGUAUUAAAAUAAUCAUUUUGCUCAAUUUCUUCUUCACAUUUUUUUUGCUCAUUUAUGCCGAUAUUUCUUUCAGAAUGCAUUGAUAUGUUAAAAUGUAAAAAGAUAGGAUUUAAAAAAAAACUAUUGUCACUGCUCAACAAAAUGUUGUCUAGAAUUGAAUAAAAUAAAAUUAUGUAAUUAAUUAAAUAAGAUUUCGAUUUAUACUUAAAGAAUAUAAUAAGUGUAAGUAGUUUAUUAUAGGUUGUUGUUUCUUUGCAUUUAUAUUAAGAAGAAAAUCUUUAUGUACUUAACAUUUCAUAUACAUGUAGUAUUUCAUUUUUUUUCAAUUUCUUUGUUCUUUUUAUUCUUUUUGGAUUUGACUACUCAAAUAUAUUCUUUUAGAAAUGCUCUUUUUUCUUUU